AUGCAGAGACUAAAAUCUGAUCUUCACUGCCCAUUCGAUAAGCAUGAUCAAAGCCUUAUAGUUGGAGUGUGUGUUAAUGAAUAAUGUCCAGAUAAGCGGCCUUUUUGUGUGGCAUGUCAAUUUUAAUUUCAUUCUUCUCAUUAAAAAGACUUAAAAAGGUUUGAUGACUUUAAGAAUUUGCUUAGUGAGAAUUCUCAAUUAACUGAGAAACUUAAAAGUCAUCUUAAUGAUUUACAAUAGCUAGUUAAAUUUAUUACUCAUUUAAUUGAAGCUACUUAAUACCGAAACAAUCAUCAAAUUCUUUUGGAAAUGAAUUACACCGAUUUACAUGAUAGUAUAAAUCAAUUAAUUACUUAAUGGAAUCAACAAAGAAAUUUAUGUGAACUUUUAAAGGACAUAUUUUCAACGACUGUUAAAGAUAAAAUUAAAACUCUUUAAUUGCAAGUAUAAAAAAAACCUAAUGAUGUUCGAACCAAGUCCAAUUAUUUAAAAACAGAAACAGAUGUUCUACAAACGAAGGAUUAGUUAUUAGAUCUACCAUCUCCUCAAAAUAUAAAUCUUUCUAAAGUAUCUAACAAAUUGGCAGAUCCUACGAUAAACAUAACUAGAAAUCGAAAUUCUAUUGAAAUAGUGGAGGGAAUCAUAUUGAAAGAAAAUUCACAAAAUAGCUAAGAUAGUUAAAAGCUGUCACAACUUUAAAAUAGAUAUUUUCAUCCAAAUCCAAUAUCUAAACAGAAACACCGUUCUUAAUAUAACGUAGAUUAGACCUCAAAUAAAUCAAAAUAUAUUUCAGAAAAUAAUUUAGAUAAAUCACUAGAAUAACUUGAAAUGAGACACUCUAAUUCAUUUGCAUUUGUAAAUGUCUUAGACUAACUCUCUAAUAUAUCAAAAAGGACUUAAAUAUCAGACAAAAAAUCCGCAAAUGCAAUAAAAAUCCAUUAAAUAAACUGA